AUGGCGCAGGUGCUGGACAUCACCUCCCUGCUGGACAGCGCACAGAGCCCCGAUGCGGCCACUCGUAAUGCGGCUGAGGGGCAACUGAAAGGGCUGCAGGAGUCCCAGUUCCCCUCCUUCGUGCUGUCCCUUGCCGCCGAGCUAGGCAGUGGCGAUAAACCGGUCAGCUCCCGCCGCCUGGCGGGCCUGGUCCUCAAGAAUGCGCUGGAUGCGAAAGAAGCAAGUCGACAGGCAGGCCUGUCGGAGCGGUGGAUGUCUCUGGAUGCGGGAGUGCGGUCUCAGGUCAAGCAGUCGCUCCUGGCCACCAUGCACGCUGAGGUGAUAAUACGGGACUGGGGGGACGGGGUGGCGGAUGCCCGGCACACCGCGGGCCUGGUCAUCGCCAAGGUGGGCGCCAUCGAGAUCCCCGCCGGCUCCUGGCCGGAGCUGAUCCCGUCGCUGCUGGCGGCGGCGGGCACCGGCACCGCCGCGCCAGGCGUGCGGCAUGCCGGUCUGGAGACGCUGGGGUACGUGUGCGAGGAGCUUGGGGCGCUGGAGGAGGACUACCUGGAGCAGGGCGCGGUGAACCAGAUCCUGACGGCGGUGGUGGGCGGCAUGGACAAGGGCACGGCCGAUGCGGAGGUGCGGCUGGCGGCCACCACCGCCCUGGGCAACGCACUGGAGUUUGCGCGCAAGAACUUUGAGUCGGAGGGCGAGCGCAGCUACAUCAUGCAGCGUGUGUGCGAGGGGACGGUGGCGGGGGACGCGCGCCUUCGCCACGCGGCCUGGGAGUGCCUGGUGAGCAUCGCGGGGAACUACUACGAGACGCUGCCGGCCUACAUGGCCGACAUCUUUGCGCUCAGCCAGCGCGCCAUCCGUGGCGACGAGGAGAGCGUGGCGCUGCAGGCGCUGGAGUUCUGGUGCAGCCUGUGCGAGGAGGAGGCCGCCGCGGAGGAGGAGGGCGGCGUGCUGCACGGCUUCGUGGCCGCCGCCCUGCCGCAGCUGGCCCCGCUCCUGCUGGAGCAGCUGACCAAGCAGGAGGAGGGCGAGGAGGGCGAGGAGGGCGCCUGGAACCUGGCCAUGGCUGCGGGGACCUGCCUCGGACUCUGCGCGGGGGUGGUGGGCGACGCCAUCGUGCCCCUCGUCAUGCCCUAUGUACAGGCAAACAUCCAGAAGAACAGCACCCCCGAGGACUGGCGGGCCAGGGAGGCAGCGACCUUUGCCUUUGGCAGCAUGCUGGAGGGCCCAAGCCCCGAGACCCUGGGGUCUCUCGUGUCCGCGGGCCUCCCCUUCCUCCUGGCGGCGCUCAAGGAUGCACACCCGCAGGUCAAGAACACCACCGCCUGGACCAUCGGCCGCACGCUGGAGUUUGUGCAUGGCACGGGAGCCGCGCUGAUCGGCCCCCAGAACCUGCCCCAGAUCAUCCAGGCCCUGCUGGAGGCCAUCAGCGAUGGGCCGCUGGUGGCCGAGAAGGUCUGCUAUGCGCUCAGCCAGCUGGCGGCAGGGUUCGAAGGGGGCGCGGGCACCUCGCCCAUGUCCCCCUACUUCCAGACCGUCAUCCAGGCCCUCCUCCAGACGGCGUCCCGGACGACGGCGGACGCCGGGGAGACGGCGCGGCUGCAGACUCAGGCCUUCGAGGCCAUCAACGAGGUGGUCCGCGCCUCGGCCCCCGACACCGUCCCCCUGGUGGCGCAGCUGGUGCCGCUGAUGGUGGCGCGCCUGCAGGCCGCCAGCGCGCACGCCGCGCCCUCCCCCGAGGCGGUGGAGAAGCAGGGGGAGGAGCAGGCCCUGCUCUGCGGCGUGCUCCAGGAGGCCAUGCUGGCCAUGGGUGCGCUGACCUACGCCACCGGCCGCGGCUUCGGCAAGUACCUGGAGGCCUUCUUUCCGGUGCUGCACCGAGGCCUCGUCCAGCACCAGGAGGUGCAGGUGUGCCAGGUCAGCGUGGGUGUGCUGGGUGACGUGUGCCGCGCGGUGGAGGAGGGGCUGGCCCCCUACGCCGACCGCGCCAUGUCGGCGGUGCUGACCAACCUGGGCGACGGCGGCGUGGACCGCAGCCUGAAGCCGGCCCUGCUCUCCGCGCUGGGCGACGUGGCGCUGGCGCUGGGCGACGGCUUCGAGCCCUACCUGGGCCACGUGGCCGCGGUGCUGCAGGGCUCCAUGGCGCUCAGCGCGCAGCUGGCCGGCGCGGGCGCCGGCGGCGAGGAGGAGCUGGGCGAGUACAACAACGCGCUGCGCCACGGCAUACUGGAGGCCUGGGCGGGCAUGCUGAACGGCCUGUCCAAGGCCAAGGCCGACGCGCACCUGCGCGCCGCGGGGCCGGCCAUCCUGGACCUGAUCGCGGGCAUCGCGCGCGACGAUGCGCACCGCGACGUCGGCGUCUGGAAGGCCGCGCUGGCCCUGCUGGGAGACGUCGCCGCCUCGCUGGCGGGGGCGGGGGCCGCUCUGCGCGACCGGCCCGCGCUCGCAGAGUUCGUGGAGGCCGCGGGCCAGGUGCCUUCUCUGGGCGAGACCGCCAACUGGACCUCUCAGGUCGUCAGCCGCGCGCUGCGCCUCGCUUGA